AAUAAUAGCUAAAGAUAAUUUUAUUACAGGUGUGAUGUCUUCCCUACCGGUGGACACAACAAAAGAGUACUUUGACGCCAUUGACGAAUGCAAUACAAGUAAAGUUGAAAGUUUACUAUCAUCAGGUCUUAUAAAUGUAGAUCUUAAAAAUCAAAAUUUCUAUGAUCGAACCGCACUCCAUAUUGCUGCCUGCAACGGUGAUAUUGAACUGGUACAUCUUCUGGUCAACAACUUCAAUGCAUCUGUCAAUAUAACUGACUCACGAGGACAAAUCCCUUUAGAAACAGCUACAGAUUACAGAAAUAUUGAUAUCGUUAAAUUUCUGAUACAAAAAGGAUCAAAUAAUCCCGAAUAUGCGGCUCCGUAUUUAAAUACCGAAGAAGUUGAAGAAUUAUUUGCAGCGGCCAGAGCCAACGAUAUCGCAGAGGUAACGCGGUUGAUCAAUGAGAACGGGUUAGAUGUGGAUACGGAAGACAGAAGUGAUAAUAACCGCACUCUACUAGAAAUCGCAGCGACUAACGGAUACUACGAUCUGGUUCGUCUUUUAGUAGAUCAAUUUCAUGCAGAUGUUAACCACAACGAUGAUCUGGAAGAGAGCCCGUUGGUUAUGGCCAUGAAUAAUAAGCAUGAUAAUGUUGCGAAUUUUUUACUGGAAAGAGGGGCUACUAGGGUUUUAGCAGACUCUAGUGAGGAUUCUGAUUUUAGUUUGAAAUUACCAAUUGAUUAGUAUAAUUU